UCGCGUUGUCGCGCCAUUCCUUCCCCGUAAUCCAUCGACGAUAGAUACCAUUCCUUUUCGCUCCACAUAUAUUUUCUCGUCCUUCUUCUUCGUUGUUACUAGCGAGUAUUCGUGCGUUGUCGCUGCGAAAGCGGCGAUUAAACAAGUUCCUCGGGACGGCUUUGUUAAUAUUCUCCUUGUCUGUCUUUCUUUCUUCUUUCUCUGUCCGGCGUAUAAAUACUUCCUAUCCGCUGACUCCACAUUCCAACGCUAAGCACUAUUCCUCGUUUCUUCUCUCCCCACUCUUCUCCAGGCUUAUUCAACUCCCGGCAUCCGUUGAUUCCCCUUCCGUCCGCUGACCGAUAAACGUACCACUGUCACGGUCGAAGAAAGAAGAGGUCGGGAUCCGAAGUAUACCAGCUGUUUCGCGCGUCUUACGUUUUCUUCUUGCACACGAUCUUCUUUCCCCACGCCUUCUGUGAUUACGGUCGGCACGGAGUACGUCGAUCAUGUCACUGAUCGCCAACUGUUUUCGACGGCUCACCGAGACACCGACUACGAACGAGUUCAAAGGCUACAAGGUCACCGAUGUAAACCGCGUGCGAAAAAUCGGUGUUGCCUGCAGGAGCCUUCAUGAGCUGAAGCGGAAAGCGUGCGCAAAGCUGAACAUAACGAACGAUCCUGACGAAAUUAACAUCUACCUACUUGAUGGCUCGUUGAUUGACGAGGAAGAAUAUUUUUCCACGUUGAAACCUCAGACGACGUUGAUCCUUCAGAAGCCGGGCGAAAAAGUGUUAACCGAUGCGGAUCUUCUGUAUGACAUCUUAAGACGUGUUAACAUCGACUUUCUAAUUGCCGGCGAGAAAGCGUCUGAGUUCCUCACGGAAAACUUUAAAGCGAAAGUAGCCGUCCUAUAUAACGCACUGAACAAGGACGAUUCGAAAACAGCGUUCAGUAGCAGGGGCGAACAUCCGGAGUGGUUUCAUGGAUUGGAGACUAACUGUACGAGUAAAGAAGCGUACUUGCAUCGUAGAUGUCAAGAUAGAAUACGAGGCUAUCUCUAUAAAACGAUCGAUCAGAUCAAAUCAUCGGACGUAUUUACGAAGGAUCCCCGAGCCAGAAAGCAACUGUUGUACGCCAUAGCGUUCUUUAAGAUGCAACUGAAAGAGGACCACUAUUUUGGCUACUAUUUCGAUAGGAGUCGAGCAAAGUCCGAAGCGUUGGAGGGUGCAGACGAGCUUGAUUCGUCAUCCUGUUACGAUCAUUGUCCCUGUAGAUUGAAAUGGUUGGACGAUAGUACGUACUUCAGAUUGUUUGGAGCGAUGGAACAGUUCGAUGAUACCGAUGGUGUAAAAAAGAGGAACGGAAGAAGCUCGGACACAAAGACUGAAGAGGAAGAGGCAGAGGAGAGUUGUCCUUACAAGAUUAGAAGGAAAGCGAAAAAAGCGUGUAUCGCGUUGUGCGAUCACACGGGCGAAUUUAGGUGUUACGGUAUGUGGAACGAGGAUAAAUGUUCUUACCCGGAUAAGCACAAGAUCAAUCCUUAUAGAUCGAAGGAAGAACUUGUUUUAUUCUCUACAUGGAAUUUUGAUCACAAGAUCGAGAAGUCCAGGUCUAUAAUCCCAUCGCUCCUGAAAUUAGCGUCCCAGGGUAAUACCAACGAGUCAGACCUCAUUGAAAUUUAUGACAAUCUGUUUACGAUGAAGAACUUGAGGCUGGUCCACAUUGUAUGCCACGAUAAAAGCUCGCACAAAUAAUUAGUUGUUAUCAUGUGGGAAAACUAUAGGAGAUUUCAGCGACACGGGAAAUCGCUAUCAAAGAUACGUAACACGUAGAAAUAACCUCUGAGUGUAAAUGCAACUCUUCAUAUGAAAAGCAUACUUAAUUGUAAAUUGCUGUUGAUAGAUGAUUUAAAAUUUCAAAGUUUAUCAUUUGUUAUAUACGAUUUCCAUUCCGUUGCGCCACGAAGCAACAAAGCAAUAUUGAUCACGAGAUCGAGAAAUCUUUUCUUUCUAUGGUAGACUAACAUACUUUGCUAUAUUACAAUUUUCUAUUAUCUACCAUGAAACACCAUACACAACAGAAUUUGUUCGAUAGAAACACUGUCGAAAAAUACCGAGAUAAGAAUCUCUACUUUGCAACGACGAAUAAAUAUAUAUGUAUGUAUAUCUUGCGCACAAUUUCUGUCUCAAUCGGUAAAGUAGAAACCGAGCACGUCGAUAAUUUAAAUACAAAGUCCGGGAGAGUAAAACAGAUCGAUAUAAUCAAAUUAGUGCACCGUUGACGCGAAAACUUUUUUAUCACAUUUUUAAGACAUCUUUACGUACUAACGACUACUAUAAACUUUCUACCGACAUUUUGCUGAACAAGUGCAACGGAACGGCGGUGUUUCUCCUUUAUCACGAAUCUGAGUUCCCAACAUGGGGGCAUCUCAAUAUAUUAUACAGGGUUGGGCGCAACGGAAUAAUCGUUGAUUAAAAAGGAUUUAUUACGGCGAAUCGAAAAGAUUCGUUUAAAGGACUGUUAAUUGUCUUGUUGAAAUUACAACAAAGGGGCUGUCCGAGGAUGACCUGGCUUUGGGGUACAUUUGGAGAUUAUCUUUAAAAAAAAUGUGCUCCGUAAGAUCGAGUAUCUUUCGGAUAUUUUUGAUUCGACUGGUUCACCGAAGACAAAACCAAAGUUCUGAUAUAUAUACAUAUAUUAUAUAAAUAUAUAAAUAUAUACAUAUUCAUUACUGAAUUUAGAGAAUACAUAUACAUAUAUAUUUAUUUAUUAUGGACGCGUGUGCAGAAUGAUGAAAUUGUGUCUCAUUGGGAUUUAAUACUUAAAUGUUAGAUAAUGUUGAAACAUUGAAUAGUAAAUGCAAAAAAUUGCAUUAGGACAUGCGAAAUUUAAUUGAGUUUAAUGGAAUUCGGAGGUAUGUUGGUAGCCCAAUUCACGAUAUGAUGAUUUGUUUGGAAAAUAGAAAAAUGCUAAAUGAAUUCAGGUAAUUCUAUUUGCCAUAACAUUUGUCAACAAAAAGGUAUAUUUUAUCAAUGGAUCGAGGACAAAUAGCUUACUCUAUUAUUAAAAAGAAAUUGGGGUAUUGGGGUCACAAUUCAACAAUUUGACCUAAAUAAAUACUCUAGAUCUCAUAAUGAUCUACGGAAGUGUUAAUGCAUGACAUUCUCAGUAUUUCAUUUGGCAAUUUAAAUAUCGUCUGACUAUAUUCUACUCAUCCUGCGCUCGUGACAUAUAGAUAAGUAUACAUAUAUAUAAAGGUAUACAUAUACUAUAUUUAGAUAUAUACACAGAAGAAAUUAUAAAAUGUUUUAGAGAUUUGUGCUAUAUAUCUGAAACGGUGCCGCUUUCGGCACAGAAAUAUCUAGCGGAAGGACCUGAUUCGAAUUACAUCUUUUUGAUAAUUCUUCUUUUGAUAUGAUUUCGGUCGGACUUUGUUGGUUUCGUCGCGACUUCUCUCUCGGGACUAAUCGCUACGAAACGAAUCAUUGUCGAUUCAACUAACUUUUUAUAAAAUCUGAAUUACUAUCGACGACGAUCACGACGACCAGAAAUAACGAGAGAGUAAUGAGAACCGUUGGCAAUUUAGUAAAUUUAUUUGUGUAUCGAGCGCCGUGUAUGAGCCUCGUAUACACGUCUCUUUGCUUAGAACAUUUAUAAUUACUUGAUAUAAUUUUUUGGUCACCUUGAUGCAACGUAUAUUAUAAUAAAUAGACUGUGGAUAUUUAUGCAUUUAUGCCAAACAUAACGAAGCAAAAAUGUACAGAACGUACGUAAAUGCAAAUAUAUACAAAAUGUUCAAAGUACGAUACUCGUUAUAAUAUCCAGUAAAUGAAACAGAUCACUAUUUAGAAUCCAUUUCUUCUGUUUAUGUUCACAAGAAUAUGAAUUUGCAUAAAAUUUCGCAAUGUAGUAAAGAAGCACAUGCCACGGGAGUGUUUCGCAUCAAUGAUUGGUGACCUGUGCUUGAAAUAGUACGCGCUAUUAUGUAUAACAGAUCAUUGUGUUUCGACCAAUUAAAAAUUUGCGUCGCUAUUACUCAGAAAUUUCCUUUGCGUCGAAGGCACUGGCACCUUUCCAGUUUAAGGGCAGAAAUUUGCGAAAUUGUCGGGAAUCGAUCGAAGGAUGGCGUUUCGAGGAGGUGGCAAUAUCGUUUGUCGAUGUACGCUGCACGCGAAAUCCCAGCUUUAUCAUCAGAGAAAUUCAUUUGAAAAGGUGUAUACCAGCGACAUACCAUCGGUAAAGCAUCCUGAAUUAACGUGCGGUUUAUUGAUUUCGUAUAUCUCUCGAAAUUUCUUUAAUCAAUCAAGAUCAGUAGCCAGCUAUCUUAAAAUUGAUAUGUAAUCAAAGUCGUUAUGCCGCUUCGAAGGAGAAAACAAGAACAAGACGAAAGGUUGCGCAAGCACGGUUAUGAAUCACGCUGAAGAGAAAUGAAAUUCAAGGAGUAAUCGCCAGUUGUCGUGAUGUUUCCUAAACACAAAAGAGAAAUAGAGAGAGAUUUAAUAUUUUUGUGAGAAGUAUCAUGCCAAAAAGAAUGACGACGUUGUAUCAUGAUUAAGGAUACGCGCAACCAAACAGGAAAGAAACUGCACGAAAAUGCGAUAUUUCCUUGUAGACAAUGUAUAAGCAUAGUUAUUUUUCAAUGUAAAGCGACUGUAUAGCUCUAUUUUAGGCAAAUGUAUAUUUUAAGUACGAGAGGACGACAGAGAGGAGAGCAAGAAAGAAACAGAAA